GUCUGAUGAUUAUGUCACUAACCUAAAACUGAAUCUGCUGUCUGUAACAUACUGGAUACGUCGCGUUUAAUGACAACAUACAAGGAUAGCAGGAAUGAGAAACGUAAUACUUUCAGCGCUUCUGUCGGUCAUUGCUGUGGUGUCAGGAUACGUGGAGGAACUAGAUGACAAGUUCAAGGAGAAACGACACGAUGAACUCUGGUUGGUUGAGUUUUAUGCUCCCUGGUGUGCAUACUGUCACACAUUUGAGCCAAUAUGGUAUGAAGUUGGCGCAGAGCUGAAGAGUCUGGGCUCUCCUAUUAAUGUUGGCAAGAUUGACACCACAGUGCACUCAAGUAUUGCUUCAGAGUUUAAUAUUCGUGGAUAUCCAACACUAAAAUUGUUUAAAGGAGAGCUGUCUUUUGACUACAAAGGACCAAGAACAAAGGAUGCAAUUAUUGAUUUUGCCAAUAGAGUUGCAGGACCUGUGGUAAGACCACUCUCUAGUGUUCAGUUGUUCCAGCAUGUUAUGAGUCGUCAUGAUCUUAUCUUUGUUUACAUUGGAGGGGAGUCGCCCCUUAAGGAGCAAUACUUUAAAGCUGCAGCUGAGUAUAUUGUCCACACAUAUUUCUUCACUGCCUCUAAAGAAAUUCUUCCAAAAGCAGUGACUCUGAAGGAAAUUCCUGUUGUUUCUGUGUUCAAAGAUGGGACGUACUACCUGUACAAUGAAUUUAAUGAUGGCGAUCUGUCUUCCUGGGUAAAUCGAGAGCGUUUCCUCUCAUACUUCCAAAUUGAUAGCUACAGUCUCUACCAGAUGGGGGAACUAAGUAAACUCGUGGCAUUGGCAGUAGUAGAUGAGAAGAAUCCUUCAGAAGAAAGCAUUCGUUACAAAACUCUGAUGGAAAGGCUGGCUACAGAAUACAGAGAUCAUUACAAAAAUGAAUACCAAUUUGGUUAUAUGGAUGGUAAUGACUAUAUCAACGGUUUAAUCAUGGGAGAAGUUGUGAUGCCCUCCGUUAUUGUGUUGAAUUUGUCCAUUGAUGGAUACUUUCUACCACAAAGUAAGAUUGAGACCAUUGAGGAUUUACUUUAUUUCCUCAACAGUGUUCAGGAUGGAAGAGAAAAGUUACUCGGAGGCAAUGGAUUAUUGCAGCACACCAAGAGACUUUAUUAUAAAGCAAAGGAUACUGUAGUGUCGAUGUUCCAGACAGCCCCAGUCUUCUCCUCUUUUCUGUUUGGAUUGCCAGUGGGUAUAGUUGUAAUGGUUAUCUGGGGUACGUGCACUGCUGUACCAGCUGAUGAUGAGACACCAGAGGAAGGUGCUCUGUUGGCCACAGGCAGUACUUCUGCAGAUGCAGAUGGGAAGAAGGAAAUAGAAUUGCAGCCUAACAGCAGAGAGAAGACCUCAGAAGAAAAGAAACAGGAUUAACAUGGACUGUUAACUUAUGCUCAAAUAACCUGGGCGAACCAAAUUUGCUUUGUUUGGCAUCCAUCAGUUAAAACAAGUCUAAAUCUUUGAAAUCAAAUAAAUAUAAUACACGUUUUCUAGUUGUGUUCAUAAAGCCUACAUAUUAUUUUUUCAUAGUAACUUUUGUUAGAGCUCUCAGUUUAUUGCAGUUUUUUUUUUUCUCAUUAAAUGAUUAUUCCAGGUUCAAUACAAGUUAAUCUCAAUUGACAACAUUUGUGGCAUAAUGUUGAUUACCACAAAAAUGUUUUUGACUCGUCCAUCCUUUUCUUAAAAAAAUACAUUUUAUAAAUAAAAAAAUCAAGUUUACUGUGAGGCACUUACAAUGGAA